CGGAGGCGCGCGGACAGGCAAGGAGACCGCGGCCGGGGUCGCUUCGGGAAUCCACCUGCCCUAGGGGUUGCAAGCCUUGUCUGCUCGUCCCGCUGAGGGAAGGAGAGCGUAAGGAAGGAAUGGCCAGUGUACUGACUGGACGCCAACUGGGACAUUUCUGACCUGGGAGCACAGUAGCAAUUCUAUUUUAAUUCCGUCGCGGCUUUAGGUUGAGUUUGCUUCUGAAAGCUCCUCCCUUAAUUGACCUGUGGGUUUGGCAGAUUUUGGCUGAAUUGAAAUGUGUUAGUUUGACUUGCUUCAGGUCCUUUCUCUCUCUCCUCCGUCGCACCCUCCACCCCCGCUCCUCCUUUCUUUUUUCUUUUCUUUUUUCGAGGAAACGUUCUCCAUCCCUGCUCAGGAUGGAAGUCUUGAAGACCUGUGUACUUAGAAGAAGUGCUUGUGCCGCUGCCUGCUUCUGGAGAAGGACAGUUAUCCCAAAGCCACCAUUUAGAGGCAUUAGUACUACGUCUGCGAGGAGCACUGUCAUGCCCGCUUGGGUGAUAGAUAAAUAUGGAAAGAAUGAAGUCCUUCGAUUCACCCAGAACAUGAUGUUACCUAUCAUACAUUAUCCAAACGAAGUCAUUAUCAAAGUCCACGCUGCCAGUGUAAAUCCUAUAGAUGUUAAUAUGAGAAGUGGUUAUGGAGCCACAGCCCUAAAUAUGAAGCGUGAUCCCCUGCAUAUGAAAACGAAAGGAGAAGAGUUUCCUCUGACUCUGGGUCGGGAUGUCUCUGGUGUGGUGAUGGAGUGUGGGCUUGAUGUGAAGUAUUUCCAGCCUGGAGAUGAGGUCUGGGCUGCAGUUCCUCCUUGGAAGCAAGGCACUCUCUCAGAAUUUGUUGUGGUCAGUGGGAAUGAGGUUUCACACAAGCCCAAAUCGCUCACUCAUACUCAAGCUGCCUCUUUGCCAUAUGUGGCUCUCACGGCCUGGUCUGCCAUAAACAAGGUCGGCGGCCUGAGUGACAAGAACUGCAAGGGGAAGCGUGCGUUAAUCUUGGGGGCGUCAGGUGGAGUUGGUACUUUUGCGAUACAGGUAAUGAAAGCAUGGGGGGCUCAUGUGACAGCCGUUUGCUCGAAAGAUGCCAGUGAACUUGUGCGGAAGCUUGGAGCAGAUGAAGUCAUUGAUUACACAUUGGGAAGUGUGGAAGAGCAAUUGAAAUCUCUAAAACUGUUUGACUUUAUCCUUGAUAACGUUGGUGGAUCUACUGAAACAUGGGCUCUAAAUUUUCUCAAGAAGUGGUCAGGAGCUACCUAUGUGACUCUGGUGACUCCUUUCCUCCUGAACAUGGACCGACUGGGUGUUGCUGAUGGCAUGUUGCAGACAGGAGUCACCGUGGGUACAAAGGCAUUGAAGCAUCUCUGGCAAGGAGUCCAUUACAGAUGGGCCUUCUUCAUGGCCAGCGGUCCAUAUCUAGAUGAAAUUGCAGAACUGGUGGAUGCAGGAAAGAUCCGGCCAGUUAUUGAGCAGACGUUCCCAUUCUCUGAAGUUCCAGAAGCCUUCCUGAAGGUGGAGAGAGGCCACGCCCGAGGAAAGACUGUGGUUAAUGUAGUUUAAAUACAUAUAUGGGCGAGCUGUCGGCUUGCUGCUCUCUCCUCGCCGAGUGCCUCGGACCCAGACAUCUAGCCUUCACCACACAUUCUCCCGAGUCAGAUUUUAAGUUUCACAAUCCGUGUAAAAAUCUACUCCUGGACUGGUGAGAGAACUCCCAGAUAAAGUUGCAUGGCUGCCUGAGUUCAGUUCCUGGAGCCCACAGGAGGGAGUACUGAUUCCACUACAUUGUUCUCUCUCCCCCUCCCCCACUAUGCACACACCUCUACAGAGAUAAAGAAAAUACAUAAUGCUUGUGUGGGCACACGCGCCAGGGGCACGUGAGGACAUCACAGGGAACCUUUGGGAGCCAGUGCUAGCCUUUACCCAUGGAGUCAUCUCACUGGCCCAAUAAAAAACAUUUUUA